AUGAGUUCCAACUCUAUAAAUAAGAUAAGAGGCCAUUUACGGCUCUCCCUCUCGUGUCUUCCGUCCGAAAAAGAAGUCUACUUCCAGGAAUCCUCGUUCUUUGUUCGGUAUGGAAUCGAGAAACUCCCGUCCCCGGGGAAGAUUCGAUCACUUCAGAAGACAUCCUAUUUGGGAGACCCUCCUCCGAUGCGAUUUCCAGAAACAGGGCUUCUGGUGAAGUUUGGCCACGGUAUUAGCGUUGCUGAAGGCCAGUGUUUAUGGGCAAUACGACGGCUCCUUCGAAACAGUGUUCCGGUACCCGAGCUAUAUGGGUGGAUAGAAGAUGGAGACGAGACGUUUAUCUACAUGGAAUUAAUUGACGGUGACACACUGCAAGAGCGAUGGGAUUCACUGUCAGGUCGUGACCGAGCGCGGUUAUGUGAAGAACUCCGCGAUAUAAUCACGUCUUUGCGUCGACUUGAGCAAUCACCAAGUGAGAAGUUUAUCGGACGAGUGGGUGGCCAGCCACUUUCUGACGUGACUUUUUCCGGCGUUGAAGCCGGCCCCUUUCCGGCAGUGAAGGAUUUUAAUGACUGGUUCUCUGCAUUACCGAAGCAAGGAUUUACUGGUGCUACUUUCGAUGAUCCUUUUCGUUCGCGUCUUGCGGAUGAUGUACCAGUAUGCUUUACGCAUGGUGAUCUCCAUCCCAGCAAUAUCCUAAUUACGUCCAGCGGGACUCCUCAUAUUCUGGCCCUUGUGGAUUUUCAUCAAUCCGGCUGGUUGCCAGCCUAUUGGGAAUACUGCAAGGCUCUCUUGACUUGUUGCAUUGGAGAUGAGUGGGAGACACUCUACAUUCCUAUGUUUCUGGAACCAUACCCGGAUUGUUUCAAGGCUUACUCUUUCUACGCUGGUGCUCUUGGUUGCUAA